AUGUCGUCCCUGUAUCUUUCCGGGAACACAUCGGAGACUGGCGAGCAUAUGAAGCUUGUGAAGGGUGACGCUGAUGCCUCCAGAACGUCGGGAUUCAAAAUCACCCGCUUGGAAGAGGAGCUCAUAACGGCACCCCUAUUCUCACUCUCCGCUUGUGAGUCUUUGGAUACCGACCGCCCGGAUAGCCAGCAAACUCUCGACGGAGACCCAACGUACCCGCAGUAUGGACUGCUCGGUCUGCGCAAUCGACCUAACAGCAACCCACCGGCACAAGACGACCUUGUGUACGCCAACGUGUCAGCACCUUGGUCUGCAUUCAUCUGCGGCAGUCAAGGAAGUGGCAAGAGUCAUACCCUGUCCUGCCUGCUGGAAAAUGCAUUGAUCUCAUCCUCCCCUGCCGGGAAGCUAUCUUCACCUCUGGCUGGACUGGUUAUUCACUAUGACAAGUUCACAGCCUUUUCCAGCACCCAGCUGUGCGAGGCGGCCUAUCUUCACUCCUCAGGCAUUCCUGUCAGGGUUUUGGUCUCCCCGACAAAUUACCUUGCCAUGAAACAGGCAUACAUAACACUGGCAGGGGGUUCCAAAAUGCUCAAGGUUGAGCCAUUGUAUCUGCCCCAGAAGGAUCUCAACAUUAGUAUGAUGAAGACCCUGAUGGGAAUCGGUAACAGGAUGGAGCAGCCCCUUUACAUCGAGGUUGUCAUGAAGAUCCUUCGGGACAUGGCUAUAGCCAACCAGGGGAAAUCAGGCUUCAACUACAGCGCAUUCAAACUUCUUCUGCAACGUGAACAAUUCCUGAAAGGCCAGCUUAUGCCUCUUAACAUGCGCUUGGAGGUUCUCGAAUCAUUCUUUGAGCCUGGAUCUGUCCCUGGUGCAAAUACAGAUAAGUCAAAGCAACACAAUGCCGAUAAUGUCUGGAAGUUUCCUCCUGGCACUUUGACAAUAAUCGAUUUGAGCUGCCCGUUCGUUGGCCAAGAAGAUGCAUGCGCGCUAUUCAACAUCGCAGUCUCCUUGUUCUUGAAGAAUCGCCAUGAUACGGGUCGCAUCAUUGCUCUUGAUGAAGCGCACAAGUUUAUGACUUCAACUUCACCGGAAGCCGCCGAUCUGACGGAUACACUGCUGUCUGUUGUCCGCCAGCAGCGACAUCUAGCCGCGCGAGUGUUGAUAGCAACACAGGAGCCGACUCUUGCACCGGCACUGCUUGAGCUUUGCAAUGUGACUAUUAUCCAUCGAUUCUCAUCGCCGGCUUGGUUCAAGGCUAUCAAGUCACACAUUGCGGGAGCUGGGAUUGAGGGACUUGGUCCGAACAACACGGCUUCGUCGACGAUCUUUCGCAAAAUUGUUCGUCUGCCGACUGGGGAGGCAUUGGUAUUUUGUCCAACAGCGCUGUUGGACAUCGCAAAGCACAACGAUCAGGAAGAUAAGGAGCUUUCAAGUGAUACCUCUUCCAGUCGGCCAGAUACUCCUGAUGGCCCGUCCUCUGCAGAGAGCACUCAGAUUGCGACGACCGACUCGGACUCCCAAGAUGAGCCUCCUUUUCAUCGCGUCGUUCAGCUCGGAACGUCAUAUGCCCACAUUCGAGUGCGGAAUAGGAUCACCGUUGACGGUGGUCGCAGCGUGCUCGAGCGUUAA